CACACGCACAACACACACAAACAAAAUAACCUCAAAUCACCAAAGCAAAUUAAGAAGAUAUAUAUAAAUCAACGGUCGUCAUUUCAUCGGCAAAUUACUUGAUCAUCCGAGAUCAUAGUUCAUAGGUAUGUCAGGAGCACAGGGAGCUCAGCCGCCGGGAUCACAGACGGCGACAACGUACGAGUCGGUUCAAGGAGGGGAGAACAAGAGCAGGACGGAGCUACGAUCCCAGCAGGACCAGGGUGGCGUUCAGGUUGACAAGCUCCAAGACAAGGUGGAGGAUGCUGCCGGCAAAGGUGGCCCCGUCUUUGGCGCCGGUAAAGACCCGAAUAAAAAGGACCUCGGCGUCUCCGGCACUGGCUGAUGAUUAGCGCUCAGGCUGUGUGUGUGCCUGUGUCCCUGCUAAAUACUAAUAAUAGUACGUUUUAAUCAGCGUACGCACAUCACUACAUGUAUUUGCUUAUGUAUCCAAUCUCAUGUAAAUUUUUUUUCUUAGUUAAUUUCUUUGCUCUUUAUUUUGUUCGAGCGAUACUCCACUGGAAAUUAAUCUAAAAAAUCUACGAUAAAUUUUCAUCAA